UCUCAAUUAAACGUUGCGCGCUCACAGGUGUGUGUCUGUCGGCAACCGGAGCUUCACCACACACAGGCCGAACCUUAGGACAACAAGAUGCCGCUGAGACGGACGAAAAACUCAGGAAACAACCUUUUGAAAGAGAAGCUGAGCCGAGAGAUGCGACAGAGUAGACUGACUCUCUUUAUCCAGCAGUUUGAGAAAGAAGCACAGGAGCGUAUGAACGAGUUAGAAGCCAAAAUGGAGAACAUGUUGGCAACAGUGGACAAAGUCUUCAAAGUGGAGGUGAUGAAGAUGCCUCCUUCGCUUCAAAAAACGCUCAUAGGGGAUUUAAUAUGCGAGGAAAUCUCAGCAAGUGAUGUGUCAAUUGCCAUGAAGAAUGAGUCCCUCGAGAUGCCGCAGCCCCUCAGGAGGGUACACAGUAAAAGAGUUAAAUCAACCGAUUCCUCACCAGGUCAGUCCAGCCCAGCCCAGAGGCCCUCAUCCAAGACCUCUAAGGGAGGAAAGGGGACAAAAAGGACCAGAACAUUAGUUGGCAGUAACAGCACUGGAAAUCUCACCGGCUCCUCUGUCAGUGUCAAAAGAACUCAAAGCCGCGUGACCAAGACCAACGAGCAGACCAGAUCGACCAAACCUAAACUCAGGUCUGUUGUCUCUGCUGGUGAUCUGCACUGUUCAAUGAUAGGCUCUGCUGCACACAUCACUGUCACCACAGCACUGGGACAGACUGUCUGCUUCUCUGAAGAGACCAAGGAUGAAAUAAACUUGGACGUGCUGGAUGAUGUGGCAUGGUGUCAAAUUCAGAAGCUCACGAGUUUGAUGGAUUAUCUGUCGAGACGAAGUCGCUGCCUGCAAUGAAUUGCCUGGAUUUUUCUCACCUUGGAUUUGAAUACAUUUUAAACUUGUCAUAUUAUGAAAUGUAUUUAUAGAAGUAUGGUUUAAUAUCAGAUGUGCUUAUAAGAUCAGCAGGUGUGCUUUGGUUGUCCUGAAGAGUUUUAAAAAUAUAAUAAAGCUUAUUUGUAUUAUCCUA